AUGGCCAAGCAGGUGUUGGAUCUGUACACGCUCUACAAGCUGGUCACAGAAAAAGGCGGCUUAGUGGAGGUCAUCAAUAAGAAGAUAUGGCGUGAGAUCACCAAAGGCCUCAACCUCCCUACCUCCAUCACCAGUGCAGCUUUCACCCUGCGAACACAGUGAGUGAAGCUCUGUAAGGGUGCACCAUACAUCAACACAGUGAGUGAAGCUCUGUAAGGGUGCACCCAUACAUUAACACAGUGAGUGAAUCUCUGUAAGGGUGCACCCAUACAUUAACACAGUGAGUGAAUCUCUGUAAGGGUGCACCCAUACAUUAACACAGUGAGUGAAUCUCUGUAAGGGUGCACCCAUACAUUAACACAGUGAGUGAAUCUCUGUAAGGGUGCACCCAUACAUUAACACAGUGAGUGAAUCUCUGUAAGGGUGCACCCAUACAUUAACACAGUGAGUGAAUCUCUGUAAGGGUGCACCCAUACAUUAACACAGUGAGUGAAUCUCUGUAAGGGUGCACCCAUACAUUAACACAGUGAGUGAAUCCGCUGGUGAUAACGAGAGAUAACCUCCUAGCGCGGCUUAGACUCCCUUUUAGCUCCUACAGUAGUGACGCAGAACCAGUAGCCAUGCAGAGUACUAAAACAACGUGUGCGUUGGAACCGCAUAAAACAGACGUUUUUAUGUGUUAGAUAUGUGAGUGUUAGAUUCAAAGGAUUCAAAGCUGAUUCCCAGAUUGAAAGCCGUCUCUUGUCCUUAAACAGGAAAUAAAACCCUUUUCCUGUGACACUACGCUUGAUUCAGAAUAAUAUGGCAGCAUAAUGUUCUAUAAAUAACGCGAAAUAAAUAAUCUAACGCCUGCUGUUCCUCUUAUAAAUACCUUAUUGAAUCACCACAGUCAUUAUGUUUUAGCAGAGUAUUGAUAGGCACAAUAACAUUUAUGUUCUGCUCCGAUGGUAUGUGCAUUACUACCAUUACAGCCAUUCAUGACAAUGAUAGGGUUGGAGUAGAGGGGGAUUCAUGUGUCUAGUCCUGAUCACAGUGGAGAGGAGAACAGCAGAGAGCCUGUUAGUUAGGGGCAGGGUCGGUCCUGGCCGUUAUGCCACCCUAGUCGAGACCAAAAAAAUUGCUGCCCCCCACAAAGCUAGAAUAGUCCCAGUAACCAACAUUUUCCAGAUGUUGAAGUCAGGUUCAAUUUAGGUUCUGAAUAAAAGGUGAAAAAUAUGUAUUUUCCAGACGUUUGUGACGAGUACUGAUAUAUGAAGAGGCAGGACGCAGACGCAGGAAUUAACAAGGUCAAGGUUUACUUAAUAAUGAGAACCAGUAGGUCCCUCAACGCAUACGCCGGACUCCCGUCAAUGUCCAGGGGCGGAGGUGGCAUACCUCGGGGGACGGCAUUCGCCAGAGGACCAGGAACCACUGGCCUGAGGAGAGACACAUGAAAAGUGGGUGAGACACGAUAGUGAGGGGGAAGGAGCAGCCGGUAUGAUACCUCAUUUAUCCGCCGGAGGACCUUAAACGGCCCCACAAACCGGGGGCUCAGUUUCUUGGAAGAAACCUCGCUCACUCACCCUGCCGGUCCUGACAGUGGUAACGAAGAAACCUCCCCAGUUCCUGGUUCAUGCGCUCCACCUGCCCAUUCGACUUAGGCCUAUACCCGGAAGUGAGGCUGGCCGUGACCCCGAUCUACUCCAUGAAAGCCUUCCACACUCGGGAGGUGAAUUGGAGGCCACGGUCCGAGACGAUGUCCUCCGGAAGUCCAUAAUGCCGGAAGACCUGUUGGAACAGGACCUCAGCGACCUGGAGAGCAAAAGGAAGACCAGUUAGGGGCAAAAAACUGCAUGAUUUGGAGAACCGAUCUACGGCCACCAUGAAGCUCUGACGGCGUCCGUCUUCACUCCUUCCAUGAACACCCCCUGAGGACUGAUCCUGUAUCCCAGGAAGGAGAUGGCCUGUUGGUGGAAUUCCCAUUUCUCCCCCUUCACCAACAGGCUGUGUUCCCGGAGGUGGAGUAGGACAGCUUGGACGUCCCUGACGUGCUCCUCGAACGUAGCCGAGUAGAUCAGGAUAUUGUCGAUGUACACCACCACCUGUCUACUCAGCAUGUCACGGAACACGUAAUUGACGAAGGACUGGAACACAGAAGGUGCGUUGGCGAGGCCGUAGGGCAUGACGCAGUAUUCAUAGUGGCCUGAGGUCUCCUUCCCGGAUUCGGAUCCGGUUUUAGGCACUCCUCAGGUCCAACUUGGUAAAGUACCGGGCCCCUCGUAGCUGCUCGAUGGCCGACGGAACCAGAGGGAGGGGGUACCGGUACUUGGUGGUGACUGCGUUCAGCCCCCUGUAGUCAAUGCAUGGUCCCCUGUAGCUCAGUUGGUAGAGCAUGGCGCUUGCAACGCCAGGGUUGUGGGUUCGUUUCCCACGGGGGGCCAGUAUGAAAAUGUAUGCACUCACUAACUGUAAGUCGCUCUGGAUAAGAGCGUCUGCUAAAUGACUAAAAUGUAAAAAAUGUCUCAGUCCUCUGUCAUUUUUGGCCAUGAAGAAGAAGCUGGCGGAGGCAGGAGAGGUAGCGCGUCUGAUGAAAUCCUGUUUCAGGGUCUCCGGCACAUACUUCUCCAUGGCCUCAGUCUCCACCAUGGAAAGGGGGUAAAUGCGACUCUUCGGGGGGUGUUGUCCAUCCAGCAGGUCAAUGGCGCAGUCCCAGGGCCUGUGAGGAGGGAGACACGUAGCCUUUGAUGAAGAGAAGACAUCGGAGAGAUCUGCGUACUCACGUGAAAUGUUGGGCUGGAGGGCGGACUCCGGACUCUCCACUGAUGUGGAACAACGAACCACCGGCAGGUCUUCCGGCAUGAGGUGGACCAGGCUGUGAUACUCUUGGUGAUCCAAUUGAUGGUGGGGUUGUGUAGUCUGAGCCAGGGCAAUCCCAAGAUGAUCCGGUGAAGGGGUGACGUGACGAUGUGGAAUGACAGCUCCUCGUGGUGCUCCGGUAGUGUAGGAAUGGGGAUGGUGAUGGGGAAAAAUGACAUGCAAGGGGUUUAUUGUCCAGUGAGGUGACAUGUAGCGGAGAUGGCAGUGGAACGUUAGGCAACCCCCAUUCAGAGACCAGCUCCCUAUCUAUAAGGUUCCCCGCUGAUCCGGAAUCUAUCAUUGCAGUAGAUAUGGAAGAGAAGGAAUAACCAGUCACCGUUAUGGGCACUAAAAACAAUGGUUUUGUGAUAGGAGAUGCCGUCACACUCACGGAGCGGGAGUCAUACCGCCUAGAUGGGGAGCCGCCAGGAGAUCUGUGGUCCGUGGUGGUGUAGGUGGUGCUGCCCACCUCCAUGGGUGAGGACUCGGAAGCAGGGCGGCUUCCAUAGCUCAGAUGGGGUGAGCGUCGAGGCUCCGGGAGGUGUUGGGAAAGCCGUCUCUCUCUCAACAUGUCAUCAAGACGGAUGGACGUGGUGUUGAGGGUAUCAAGGUCCAUCUCGUCGUCCCGACAUGCGAGUUCCGUCUUAAUGUCCUCCCGUAAGCUUCUCCUGAAGGCCGUGCGUAGAGCAGCCGGAAGACGCCGCCACCGUGCGAAAGCUCGGGCGAGGGCCCUUCGCUCUGUUGUAGAUGGAGGAGACGCUCACCCCCGUCCUUUCCCUCCGUGGGAUGAUCAAACACCGCCCUGAACCGAGCGAGGAAGGUGGGGUAGGGAAGCGCCACUGCGUCCUCUCCUUCCCAGACUGCCGUGGCCCAAUCCAGCGCCUUUCCUUUAAGUAGUGAAAUCACCAGCGCUAUCCUGGCUUGGUCAGAUGGAUAUGCCCCAGGCUGACGCGCCAGAUAAAGUGAAACCUGUAGCAGGAAGCCGCUACAUUUAGUAGUUUUACCGUCAUAGAGCUCCGGUAGGGUGAGGGUUCCCGCAGAAGUGGGUGAUAGCACGGGAACAGGUGGAUUGGAUGCACUCGCCGCUCCCUGAGGUGGAACCGCAGCGCUGGGCAGAUUAUGCAGAGUUUGGAUUACUUCCUGCAUGGCGGCGUUCAACUGGGCUGGUGCUCGUCCAGGCACUGGGAAACUCCUGCUGCAUCCAUUUUCGUGGUGUGUGAUUCUGUGACGAGUACUGAGUAUACGAAGAGGCAGGACGCAGACGCAGGAAUUAACAAGGUCAAGGUUUACUUAACAAUGACAAAGAGAAAUAACAGAGAAAGGUAGAGUAAACGACACGAAGCUAAACAAUCACACACAACAUCAUCCAGAACAGUCCAGGGCUAAACAGGGGUGGUGAUGAGAUGAUGAGGUGCAGGUGCGCUGGAGGUGAUUAGGGUGCGUUGGGUUUCCAUUCCGGUGUUGCCGAGGUGGUGCGCUCAGACCGGUGGCUCAGUAGACCGGCGAAUCAGAGCGCCGGAGGGGAGCAACGGGAGGAGACGUGACAACGUUGAAGAUACAUAUUUUUGGGAUGUGGAAAAUAUGUAUUUUCCGGAUAUUGAAAUCAGGUUAAUUGUCGGUUCUGAAUGAAAGUUGAAAAGACAUCAUGUAUAGACAUCUAUGUUUGGGCCAAAUCAAGGCUGGUCCAGACUGGACAAAAUCUGAACCAAACAUAAACUUCUAUGAUUGGUUCAGAUUUGGUCCGGACCGGAAACCACUGAUCAUUACAAUUUAGCCCACGGGAUGAAACUCCUGGACAGCAGUUGUGAGUUGCCUGAUUGUCCAUUUCCAUAUCGUCCAUUUUACUUUGACCUGUUUUUAGGAGAUGUGUUGUUUGUUAACAUGUCAGCGCAUUUUUUUUAUUUAAAUGGGCGCCAUUUAAACGUGGUCCUCUGUAGCUCAGCUGGUAGAGCACGGCGCUUGUAACGCCAAGGUAGUGGGUUCGAUCCCCGGGACCACCCCAUACACGAAAAAAUGUAUGCAUGCAUGACUGUAAGUCGCUUUGGAUAAAAGCGUCUGCUAAAUGGCAUAUUAUUAUUAUUAUUAUUUAAGUUAGGCUAUUUGAUCGGAGGAACCUGCAUGAUGUAAAAACGUUUCUGUCUCAUUACAUAGUCAUUCAUUUUAUUUCCAGUCUGUAGGCGUCAGAAAAGGUCACAUUCUCUUUCUACCAUAUCCUAUAUCUACUACAUGAUUUAUGUUAGAUGAAUUUUUGGACGGAGAGGCACACUGGGCAUGGACAGGAUAAAUAUUUUGCAUCCCUGCCUUUGACAAAGUAGGCAUUUCUUAUCACAGGGCGGCAUCAGCGUUCACCUAAAAAAGCCCAAAUGCAGCCUGGUCUCAUAGAGUAGGACGGAACAUAGUAAACAAAAAUACGGGACACUAAAAUUAGUCUGAUAUGUUACGUUUGGUAUGAAUAAAUAAGACAGAUGGUUUCUUAAGGCAAAAACGAAAGUAGGUUGCGAGUUCGAAUCUCAUCAAGGACAACUUGUGCAUUUUAGCUAAUUAGCAACUUUUCACGAACGUCUAGCAACCCAAAGGUUGCGAGUUCGAAUCUCAUCAAGGACAACUUGUGCAUUUUAACACGAACGUCUAGCAACCCAAAGGUUGCGAGUUCGAAUCUCAUCAAGGACAACUUGUGCAUUUUAGCCAAUUAGCAACUUUUCACGAACGUCUAGCAACCCAAAGGUUGCGAGUUCGAAUCUCAUCAAGGACAACUUGUGCAUUUUAACACGAACGUCUAGCAACCCAAAGGUUGCGAGUUCGAAUCUCAUCAAGGACAACUUGUGCAUUUUAGCUAAUUAGCAACUUAACACGAACGUCUAGCAACCCAAAGGUUGCGAGUUCGAAUCUCAUCAAGGACAACUUGUGCAUUUUAACACGAACGUCUAGCAACCCAAAGGUUGCGAGUUCGAAUCUCAUCAAGGACAACUUGUGCAUUUUAGCUAAUUAGCAACUUAACACGAACGUCUAGCAACCCAAAGGUUGCGAGUUCGAAUCUCAUCAAGGACAACUUGUGCAUUUUAACACGAACGUCUAGCAACCCAAAGGUUGCGAGUUCGAAUCUCAUCAAGGACAACUUGUGCAUUUUAGCUAAUUAGCAACUUAACACGAACGUCUAGCAACCCAAAGGUUGCGAGUUCGAAUCUCAUCAAGGACAACUUGUGCAUUUUAGCUAAUUAGCAACUUUUCAACUACUUACUACUUUUGAGCUACUUUGCAACUACUUAGCAUGUUAGCUAAAAAUUACCCCAAACCUAACCCUUUUAGCUAACCCUUCCCCCAACCUUAACCUUAACCCUUUAACCUAACUCCUAAACUUAACCCUAACCUUAAUCCUAACCCCUAACCCCUAGCCUAGCUAACAUUAGCCAGCUAGCUAACGCUAGUCACCUAUCUAGAAUUCAUAACAUUUUAUAUUUUUUGAAAAUGUGUAAUAUAUUGUAACAUUUUGAAAAUUCGUAACAUAUAAUACGAAUUGUAAUUCGUAACAUAUCAUACGGAUGAGUGAUGGACAUCCACAAAUGAAUACAUACCGUAAGAAACGUAACAUAUCAUACUAAAUGGAGUGUCUCGUAUUUACGUACAGAAUAAUAUGAAAUGCUCUGAGACCUGGUUGCCAUAGGCCACUGGUUCAGAGAAAUUGUCAUUGUUUUUUGGGCAGAAUUGUGUGAGGUUUUAUGUGUUGUUGGAGGUGCGCCUUGGUCAGUUUAGCUCAGAAAAUGCUGCCCUCGUCAAUCUGCCAGCAUAAUCCUGCCUAAUGAGCGAGCCGGCCCUGUGUUAAUACACAUCAACCCUUUCACUCUGUAUAAUCCUCAUCACAGUAGAGAGGAAGCAAUUGCAUCAUCCUCAAAGCAGAUUCCUAUUCUUCUGGCUGUUGUGACAGAGGCCUUCGUAGACAGCAAGGUUUAGGUAGUGUUGACCAAGUUUAAAUGCUAGAGAAACAUACAGCAAUAGACAAUUUGAUGUAUUUAUUUAACCUUUAUUUAAGCGGGCAAGUCAAUGAAUGCUCCCCAAGAAGUAUCAGAAUGUUAACCCUGAAUAAAUAUGUGUUAUUUGAUGUGUAUUACCUGUCUGCAGGUAUAUGAAGUACCUCUCCCCCUACCAAUGUGAAAACAGGGGUCUGAGCUCCAUAUUGUUUAAGAACAGUCAGAAAAGUAAUACAACUACUGUUAUUAUAAACCGUUUAUUAUAAAUGUACAACUAAGAUGUUGUUUACCACUAUUUACAUUAUAUUUUAUAGGUUGGCUGUUAAUAGUCCCCAUCUGUAAUAAAUGACAUAAUGUUACCUUGUUGACAGUCCCCACCUGUAAUAAAUGACAUAAUGUUACCUUGUUGACAGUCCCCACCUGUAAUAAAUGACAUAAUGUUACCUUGUUGACAGUCCCCACCUGUAAUAAAUGACAUAAUGUUAACUUGUUGACAGUCCCCACCUGUAAUAAAUGACAUAAUGUUACCUUGUUGACAGUCCCCACCUGUAAUAAAUGACAUAAUGUUACCUUGUUAAUAGUCCCCACCUGUAAUAAAUGACAUAAUGUUACCUUGUUGACAGUCCCCACCUGUAAUAAAUGACAUAAUGUUAACUUGUUGACAGUCCCCACCUGUAAUAAAUGACAUAAUGUUACCUUGUUGACAGUCCCCACCUGUAAUAAAUGACAUAAUGUUACCUUGUUGACAGUCCCCACCUGUAAUAAAUGACAUAAUGUUACCUUGUUGACAGUCCCCACCUGUAAUAAAUGACAUAAUGUUACCUUGUUGACAGUCCCCACCUGUAAUAAAUGACAUAAUGUAACCUUGUUGACAGUCCCCACCUGUAAUAAAUGACAUAAUGUAACCUUGUUGACAUCCAGGAUGACACAAGCAUUAUGGCAGCCUCUUGGAGUAAAAUGUUGUAAAAUGUCCUCCUCAUACUGUCCCUGUUCCCUUCCGACAGGUAUAUGAAGUACCUCUACCCUUACGAAUGUGAAAAGAGGCGUCUGAGCUCCCCCGGAGAGCUCCAGGCAGCUAUCGACAGUAACCGCCGCGAGGGGCGUCGCCAGAGCUACCGGUCGGCCAUCUUUAACUACUCUCCAGCAGGGACCCCCUCCAUCCUCUCCUCCCCCAAGAUGAGCAUGCCUCACCUGGCCAUGUCCACCCACAACGGAGCACACCUGACCCAGAGACACAACAUCAAGAAAGGUGAGACACAGAGUACUUUACUGCCUGCUUGUGACAGGAAGAGCCUGCCAUGCUGCUGCCCUGGUAGAGGUAAAGAUCCAUCAACAAGAUGAGAUGUAGUUGCUUUGACGGAUGUGGUUGCUUUGACGGAUGUGGUUGGUUUGACGGAUGUGGUUGGUUUGACGGAUGUGGUUGCUUUGACGGAUGUGGUUGGUUUGACGGAUGUGGUUGGUUUGACGGAUGUGGUUGGUUUGACGGAUGUGGUUGGUUUGACGGAUGUGGUUGGUUUGACGGAUGUGGUUGGUUUGACGGAUGUGGUUGGUUUGACGGAUGUGGUUGGUUCACUCCAGGCUCACUUAGUGGUGUUGUUAAAUAUAGAGAAUAUUAUAUAAAAUAAAGACAUAGAAUAACAAAAAGGGAAUGUUGUGGUUUGUCUGGGAUUCAUUCCAAAUGACAGGAUAGCGUGAUAACACCUACCACAGAAUAUCUAUCUGGGAGACAAGAUAGCAUGAUAACACCUACCACAGAAUAUCUAUCUGGGAGACAAGAUAGCAUGAUAACACCUACCACAGAAUAUCUAUCUGGGAGACAAGAUAGCAUGAUAACACCUACCACAGAAUAUCUAUCUGGGAGACAAGAUAGCGUGAUAACACCUACCACAGAAUAUCUAUCUGGGAGACAAGAUAGCGUGAUAACACCUACCACAGAAUAUCUAUCUGGGAGACAAGAUAGCAUGAUAACACCUACCACAGAAUAUCUAUCUGGGAGACAAGAUAGCAUGAUAACACCUACCACAGAAUAUAUAUCUGGGAGACAAGAUAGCGUGAUAACACCAACCACAGAAUAUCUAUCUGGGAGACAAGAUAGCAUGAUAACACCUACCACAGAAUAUCUAUCUGGGAGACAAGAUAGCGUGAUAACACCUACCACAGAAUAUCUAUCUGGGAGACAAGAUAGCGUGAUAACACCUACCACAGAAUAUCUAUCUGGGAGACAAGAUAGCAUGAUAACACCUACCACAGAAUAUAUAUCUGGGAGACAAGAUAGCGUGAUAACACCUACCACAGAAUAUCUAUCUGGGAGACAAGAUAGCAUGAUAACACCUACCACAGAAUAUCUAUCUGGGAGACAAGAUAGCGUGAUAACACCUACCACAGAAUAUCUAUCUGGGAGACAAGAUAGCAUGAUAACACUUACCACAGAAGGAGAAGUUAGAGUUAUUUUCAUGGGUUUAAUGAUUUCACAAUCACUACUCCCCAACAGCACACACACACACACUGCCGUCCAUUCACCCACAUAAAACCUGUGGGCAGUCUGGUCAUCACUGGGAAGAGGAAACAUCUUGCAGGACUUCCUCAUACCCAUGAUGCCCUGCUGCCAAUUUCCUGGCUGCGUCACAGAGGAACGAACGCAGAAACAUUAUCCAGAGCGACUUACAGGAGCAAUUAGGGUUAAGUGCCUUGCUUAAGGGCACAUCGGCAGAUUUUUCACCUAGUCGGCUCGGGGAUUAGAACCAGCGACCUUUCGGUUACUGGCACAACGCUCUUACCCACUAAGCUACCUGCCGAAACAAAGAGCAUUCUGGGAGGAGGAGGUGUGGGAUAAUAAUGGGAGCGUGAGGAACAUUAGGGGUGGAAUACCGAGAGAGAGAGAGAGGGGGGGGGGGGGGGGGGGGGGGGGGGGGGAGAGAGAGAGAGUGAGAGAGAGAGGGGGGGGGGGAACGGACGGACGGACGGACGGAGAGAGGGAGGCAGCGAGGAGGGGGGGAGAGAAAGAGAGAGAAAUAGAGAGGUCAGCCCUAUCAGAUCACAGCAAAAUCACAGUAUAGCAAAAUAACAGAACUUGAACAGAACAAUACUCAAUCCUGAGGCAUCAAAGCCAAAGGAACUACAUAAUAUUAAGAAAUGCUAUAGAUGGAAUGAAAGUAGUGUAGAAACAUACAAAAAACAAUUAGGCAAUAACAAAUUCAAUCCCAUUUAGACAACUUCCUGGACAAAAUAUUUCACUGUAAUAGUGAAGGUGUAAACUUGGCAGUAGAAAACCUAAACAGUAUAUUUGACCUCUCAGCUUCGCUUUCAAAUCUAAAAAUGUCAAGCAGACAACCUAAGAAAAUGAACAGCUAUGACAAAUGUUUUGAUGAAGAAUGCAAAAACCUAAGAAAGAAAUUGAGAAACCAAUCCAACCAAAAACAUAGAGACACAGAAAACCUGCGCCUAUGUCUUCACUAUGGUGAAUCACUAAAACAAUACAGAAAUACACUACGGAAAAAGAAGGAACAGCAUGUCAGAAAUCAGCUCAAUGUAAUUGAAGAAUCCAUAGAAUCUAACCACUUCUGGGAAAAUUGGAACACACUAAACAAACAUUAGUGUCUAUUUUGAGAAACAGGUGCCUCACAGGUCCUCAACUGGCAGCUUCAUUAAAUAGUACCCGCAAAACACCAGUCUCAACGUCGACAGUGAAGAGGCGACUCCGGGAUGCUGACCUUCUAGGCAGAGUUGCAAAGAAAAAGCCAUAUCUCAGACUGCCCACCUUAAUCUUUUAUUUUUAUUGGCCAGUCUGAGAUAUGGCUUUUCUUAUUAUUAUUAAUAUGGUAUUGUACCAUAGGGAUAGCCUGGUGGUAUUGCACCAUAGGGAUAGCCUGGUGGUAUUGUACCAUAGGGAUAGCCUGGUGGUAUUACACCAUAGGGAUAGCCUGGUGGUAUUACACCAUAGGGAUAGCCUGGUGGUAUUACACCAUAGGGAUAGCCUGGUGGUAUUGUACCAAAGGGAUAGCCUGGUGGUAUUGCACCAUAGGGAUAGCCUGGUGGUAUUGUACCAUAGGGAUAGCCUGGUGGUAUUACACCAUAGGGAUAGCCUGGUGGUAUUGCACCAUAGGGAUAGCCUGGUGGUAUUACACCAUAGGGAUAGCCUGGUGGUAUUGCACCAUAGGGAUAGCCUGGUGGUAUUGCAUAUUGGAUAGCCUGGUGGUAUUACACCAUAGGGAUAGCCUGGUGGUAUUGCACCAUAGGGAUAGCCUGGUGGUAUUGCACCAUAGGGAUAGCCUGGUGGUAUUGUACCAUAGGGAUAGCCUGGUGGUAUUGCACCAUAGGGAUAGCCUGGUGGUAUUGCACCAUAGGGAUAGCCUGGUGGUAUUGCACCAUAGGGAUAGCCUGGUGGUAUUGCACCAUAGGGAUAGCCUGGUGGUAUUGCACCAUAGGGAUAGCCUGGUGGUAUUGCACCAUAGGGAUAGCCUGGUGGUAUUGCAUAUUGGAUAGCCUGGUGGUAUUGCACCAUAGGGAUAGCCUGGUGGUAUUGCACCAUAGGGAUAGCCUGGUGGUAUUGCACCAUAGGGAUAGCCUGGUGGUAUUGCACCAUAGGGAUAGCCUGGUGGUAUUGCACCAUAGGGAUAGCCUGGUGGUAUUGCACCUAGGGAUAGCCUGGUGGUAUUGCACCAUAGGGAUAGCCUGGUGGUAUUGCACCAUAGGGAUAUCCUGGUGGUAUUGCACCAUAGGGAUAGCCUGGUGGUAUUGCACCAUAGGGAUAGCCUGGUGGUAUUGCACCAUAGGGAUAGCCUGGUGGUAUUGCACCAUAGGGAUAGCCUGGUUGGUAUUGCACCAUAGGGAUAGCCCUGGUGGUAUUGCACCAUAGGGAUAGCCUGGUGGUAUUGCACCAUAGGGAUAGCCUGGUGGUAUUGCACCAUAGGGAUAGCCUGGUGGUAUUGCACCAUAGGGAUAGCCUGGUGGUAUUGCACCAUAGGGAUAGCCUGGUGGUAUUGCACCAUAGGAUAGCCUGGUGGUAUUGCACCAUAGGGAUAGCCUGGUGGUAUUGCACCAUAGGGAUAGCCUGGUGGUAUUGCACCAUAGGGAUAGCCUGGUGGUAUUGCACCAUAGGGAUAGCCUGGUGGUAUUGCACCAUAGGGAUAGCCUGGUGGUAUUGCACCAUAGGGAUAGCCUGGUGGUAUUGCACCAUAGGGAUAGCCUGGUGGUAUUGUACCAUAGGAUAGCCUGGUGGUAUUGCACCAUAGGGAUAGCCUGGUGGUAUUGCACCAUAGGGUAUAGCCUGGUGGUAUUGCACCAUAGGGCUAGCCUGGUUGUAUUGCACCAUAGGGAUAUGCCUGGUGGGUAUUGCCACCAUAGGGAUAGCCUGGUGGUAUUGCACCAUAGGGAUAGCCUGGUGGUAUUGCACCAUAGGGAUAGCCUGGGUGGUAUUGUACCAUAGGGAUAGCCUGGUGGUAUUGCACCAUAGGGAUAGCCUUGGUGGUAUUGCACCAUAGGGAUAGCCUGGUGGUAUACACCAUAGGGAUAGCCUGGUGGUAUUGCACCAUAGGGAUAGCCUGGUGGUAUUACACCAUAGGGAUAGCCUGGUGGUAUUGCACCAUAGGGAUAGCCUGGUGGUAUUGUACCAUAGGGAUAGCCUGGUGGUAUUGCACCAUAGGGAUAGCCUGGUGGUAUUGCACCAUAGGGAUAAGCCUGGUGGUAUUACACCAUAGGGAUAGCCUGGUGGUAUUGCACCAUAGGGAUAGCCUGGUGGUAUUACACCAUAGGGAUAGCCUGGUGGUAUUGUACCAUAGGGAUAGCCUGAUGGUAUUGUACCAUAGGGAUAGCCUGGUGGUAUUGCACCAUAGGGAUAGCCUGGUGGUAUUGUACCAUAGGGAUAUCCUGGUGGUAUUGCACCAUAGGGAUAGCCUGGUGGUAUUACACCAUAGGGAUAUCCUGGUGGUAUUGCACCAUAGGGAUAGCCUGGUGGUAUUACACCAUAGGGAUAGCCUGGUGGUAUUGCACUAUAGGGAUAGCCUGGUGGUAUUGUACCAUAGGGAUAGCCUGGUGGUAUUGCACCAUAGGGAUAGCCUGGUGGUAUUGCACCAUAGGGAUAGCCUGGUGGUAUUGCAUAUUGGAUAGCCUGGUGGUAUUGCACCAUAGGGAUAGCCUGGUGGUAUUACACCAUAGGGAUAGCCUGGUGAUAUUGCACCAUAGGGAUAGCCUGGUGGUAUUGCACCAUAGGGAUAGCCUGGUGGUAUUGCACCAUAGGGAUAGCCUGGUGAUAUUGUCACCAUAGGGAUAGCCUGGUGGUAUUGCACCAUAGGGAUAGCCUGGUGGUAUUGCACCAUAGGGAUAGCCUGGUGGUAUUGCACCAUAGGGAUAGCCUGGUGGUAUUGCAUAUUGGAUAGCCUGGUGGUAUUGCACCAUAGGGAUAGCCUGGUGGUAUUGCACCAUAGGGAUAUCCUGGUGGUAUUGCACCAUAGGGAUAGCCUGGUGGUAUUGUACCAUAGGGAUAGCCUGGUGGUAUUGCACCAUAGGGAUAGCCUGGUGGUAUUGCACCAUAGGGAUAGCCUGGUGGUAUUGCACCAUAGGGAUAGCCUGGUGGUAUUGCACCAUAGGGAUAGCCUGGUGGUAUUGCACCAUAGGAUAGCCUGGUGGUAUUGCACCAUAGGGAUAGCCUGGUGGUAUUGCACCAUAGGGAUAGCCUGGUGGUAUUACACCAUAGGGAUAGCCUGGUGGUAUUGCACCAUAGGGAUAGCCUGGUGGUAUUGCACCAUAGGGAUAGCCUGGUGGUAUUGCACCAUAGGGAUAGCCUGGUGGUAUUACACCAUAGGGAUAGCCUGGUGGUAUUACACCAUAGGGAUAGCCUGGUGGUAUUGCACCAUAGGGAUAGCCUGGUGGUAUUGCACCAUAGGGAUAGCCUGGUGGUAUUGUACCAUAGGGAUAGCCUGGUGGUAUUGUACCAUAGGGAUAGCCUGGUGGUAUUGCACCAUAGGGAUAGCCUGGUGGUAUUACACCAUAGGGAUAGCCUGGUGGUAUUGCACCAUAGGGAUAGCCUGGUGGUAUUACACCAUAGGGAUAGCCUGGUGGUAUUGCACCAUAGGGAUAGCCUGGUGGUAUUGCACCAUAGGGAUAGCCUGGUGGUAUUGUACCAUAGGGAUAGCCUGGUGGGUAUUGUACCAUAGGGAUAGCCUGGUGGUAUUACACCAUAGGGAUAGCCUGGUGGUAUUGUACCAUAGGGAUAGCCUGGUGGUAUUGCACCAUAGGGAUAGCCUGGUGGUAUUGCACCAUAGGGAUAGCCUGGUGGUAUUACACCAUAGGGAUAGCCUGGUGGUAUUGCACCAUAGGGAUAGCCUGGUGGUAUUGCAUAUUGGAUAGCCUGGUGGUAUUACACCAUAGGGAUAGCCUGGUGGUAUUGCACCAUAGGGAUAGCCUGGUGGUAUUGCAUAUUGGAUAGCCUGGUGGUAUUACACCAUAGGGAUAGCCUGGUGGUAUUGCACCAUAGGGAUAGCCUGGUGGUAUUGUACCAUAGGGUAGCCUGGUGGUAUUACACCAUAGGGAUAGCCUGGUGGUAUUACACCAUAGGGAUAGCCUGGUGGUAUUACACCAUAGGGAUAGCCUGGUGGUAUUGCACCAUAGGGAUAGCCUGGUGGUAUUGCACCAUAGGGAUAGCCUGGUGGUAUUGUACCAUAGGGAUAGCCUGGUGGUAUUGCACCAUAAGGAUAGCCUGGUGGUAUGUACCAAAGGGAUAGCCUGGUGGUAUUGCACCAUAGGGAUAGCCUGGUGGUAUUGUACCAUAGGGAUAGCUGGUGGUGUAUUACACCAUAGGGAAGCCUGGUGGUAUUGCACCAUAGGGAUAGCCUGGUGUAUGAUAUGGAUAGCCUGGUGGUAUUGCACCAUAGGAUAGCCUGGUGGUAUUGCACCCAUAGGGAUAGCCUGGUGCCUGGUGGUUAUUGCACCCAUGAGGGAAGCCUGGUGGUAUGGCCACCAUAGGAUAGCCUGGUGGUAUUGCACCUAGGGAUAGCCUGGUGGUAUUGCACCAUAGGAUAGCAUGGUGGUAUUAGCACCAUAGGGAUAGCUGGUGGUAUUAGCACCAUAGGGAUAGCCUGGUGGUAUUGCACCAUAGGGAUAGCUGGUGGUAUUGCCCACCAUAGGGAUAGGAUAGCCUGGUGGUAUUGCACCAUAGGGAUAGCCUGGUGGUAUUGCACCAUAGGGAUAGCCUGGUGGUAUUGCACCAUAGGGAUAGCCUGGUGGUAUUGCACCAUAGGGAUAGCCUGGUGGUAUUGCACCAUAGGGAUAGCCUGGUGGGUAUUGUAACAUAGGGAUAGCCUGGUGGUAUUGCCACCAUAGGGAUAGCCCUGGUGGUAUUGCACCAUAGGGAUAGCCUGGUGGUAUUGCACCAUAGGGAUAGCCUGGUGGUAUUGCACCAUAGGGAUAGCCUGGUGGUAUUGCACCAUAGGGAUAGCCUGGUGAUAUUGCAUAUUGGAUAGCCUGGUGGUAUUGCAUAUUGGAUAGCCUGGGUGCCAGUCUGUUUGUACUCUAUAGGCAAGUCCUUGUUAGUCUUUUGGGAAUAAGCCACAGUCAGACUGGCACCCAGGCUACCAUAGGGAUGGCAUUUGUUUUUUGGUCACUAAGGUGAUUUGAAAGAGGACAAAUGUAUGUUUGUGUGUGUGUGUCUAAUGUUUCAGUGGUAGGCGCAAUGCCGUGACCUGACUGCUGAAUUGAAUUACAUUUUAAAGACAGGAUGGACUGAAGACACAAUGCUCAGGAAAUGUGAUUUAAAAAAUCUCCUCGCAUGAUUUGCCUGCUCAUGCUAUAAUUUCCCACAAAGUUUGAAUAUCAAACCGGACAUUUCAAGCCAGAGUACAACCGUUAGUGAGUUCCAAAUGUUUUCUACUGCCAUCCAUAAGCACUUCGUGACCAUGGACAAAUUCAUUUGUCUUCCCUCAGAGGAUGGCCUGAUGGCAGGCUGUCUGCCGGGCCGUGUUGGGGAGAUGCCCAUGUCUCUGGGAGGGCACCACGGGGCGGAAGCUCAGACCGUGGCGGCUGCAGCAGUACAGGCUGCAGCGUUGGAGCAGCUGAGGGAGAAGCUGGAGAGCGGGGAGCCGCCAGAGAAGAAGAUGAUGAUGGAGCAACAGAGGCUCAUGCAGCAUGCGCUGCAGCAGAACCUCCUCACCAUGGCAACACAGCUGCCCAUGAACAUCAAGCUGAACAACAUGAGAGGUAAUAUUACACUUUAUUUACUUUCAAACACAUAUUAUUAAAUUAUAUGUAUAUUGAUUCUACAUGGCUGAGAGGCUGAGCGGUGAGACAAAUCAAGAGUUACGUUACUAAUGUGGAUAAAUCAACACAGGUACGUUAUUAAUGUGGAUAAAUCAACACGGUUACAUUAUUAAUGUGGAUAAAUCAACACAGUCACGUUAAUAAUUAGGAUAAAUCAACACAGUUACGUUAUUAAUGAGGAUAAAUCAACACAGUUACAUUAUUAAUGAGGAUAAAUCAACACAGUCACGUUAUUAAUGUGGAUAAAUCAACACAAUUAUGUUAUUAAUGUGGAUAAAUCAACACAGGUACGUUAUUAAUGUGGAUAAAUCAACACAUUGACGUUAUUAAUGUGGAUAAAUCAACACAGUCACGUUAUUAAUGUGGAUAAAUCAACACAGUUACGUUAUUAACGUGGAUAAAUCAACACAGGUACGUUAUUAAUGUGGAUAAAUCAACACAGUUACGUUAUUAAUGUGGAUACGGACAAAUCAACACAAUUAUGUUAUUAAUGUGGAUAAAUCAACACAGGUACGUUAUUAAUGUGGAUAAAUCAACACAGUUACGUUAUUAAUGUGGAUACGGACAAAUCAACACAAUUAUGUUAUUAAUGUGGAUAAAUCAACACAGGUACGUUAUUAAUGUGGAUAAAUCAACACGGUUACAUUAUUAAUGUGGAUAAAUCAACACAGUUACAUUAUUAAUGUGGAUAAAUCAACACAGUUACGUUAUUAAUGUGGAUAAAUCAACACAGUCACGUUAAUAAUUAGGAUACAUCAACACAGUUACGUUAUUAAUGUGAUAAAUCAACACAGUUACAUUAUUAACAUGGAUAAAACAACACAGUUACGUUAUUAAUGUGGAUACGGACAAAUCAACACAAUUAUGUUAUUAAUGUGGAUAAAUCAACACAGUUACAUUAUUAACAUGGAUAAAUCAACACAGGUACGUUAUUAAUGUGGAUAAAUCAACACAGGUACGUUAUUAAUGUGGAUAAAUCAACACAGUUACGUUAUUAAUGUGGAUAAAUCAACACAGGUACGUUAUUAAUGUGGAUAAAUCAACACAGUUACGUUAUUAACGUGGAUAAAUCAACACAGGUACGUUAUUAAUGUGGAUAAAUCAACACAGUUAAGUUAUUAAUGUGGAUACGGACAAAUCAACACAAUUAUGUUAUUAAUGUGGAUAAAUCAACACAGUUAUGUUAUUAAUGUGGAUAAAUCAACACGGUUACAUUAUUAAUGUGGAUAAAUCAACACAGUUACGUUAUUAAUGUGGAUAAAUCAACACAGUUACGUUAUUAAUGUGGAUAAAUCAACACAGUUAUGUUAUUAAUGUGGAUAAAUCAACACGGUUACAUUAUUAAUGUGGAUACGGACAAAUCAACACAAUUAUGUUAUUAAUGUGGAUAAAUCAACACAGGUACGUUAUUAAUGUGGAUAAAUCAACACAGUUACGUUAUUAAUGUGGAUAAAUCAACACAGUUACGUUAUUAAUGUGGAUAAAUCAACACAGUUACGUUAUUAAUGUGGAUAAAUCAACACAGUUACGUUAUUAAUGUGGAUAAAAAAACAUAGUUACAUUAUUAAUGUGGAUAAAUCAACACAUUUACGUUAUUAAUGUGGAUAAAUCAACACAGUCACGUUAUUAAUGAGGAUAAAUCAACACAGUUACAUUAUUAAUGUGGAAAAAUCAACACAGUUACGUUAUUAAUUUGGAUAAAACAACACAGUUACGUUAUUAAUGUGGAUACGGACAAAUCAACACAGUUACGUUAUUAAUGUGGAUAAAUUAUCAUGUUUACAUUAUUAAUGUGGAUAAAUCAACACAGUCACGUUAUUAAUGUGGAUAAAUCAACACACUUAGGUUAUUAAUGUUGAGAAAUCAACACAGUCACGUUAUUAAUGUGGAUAAAUCAACACAGUUACAUUAUUAACAUGGAUAAAUCAACACAGUUAUAUUAUUUAUGUGGAUAAAUCAACACAGUUACGUUAUUAAUGUGGAUAAAUCAACACAGUUAUAUUAUUAAUGAGGAUAAAUCAACACAGUUACGUUAUUAACAUGGAUAAAUCAACACAGUUAUGUUAUUAAUGUGGAUAAAUCAACACAGUUACGUUAUUAAUGUGGAUAAAUCAACACGUUUACGUUAUUAAUGUGGAUAAAUCAACACAGUUACGUUAUUAAUGUGGAUAAAUCAACACAGUUACGUUAUUAAUGUGGAUAAAUCAACACAGUUACGUUAUUAAUGUGGAUAAAUCAACACAGUCACGUUAUUAAUGUGGAUAAAUCAACACAGUUACGUUAUUAACAUGGAUAAAUCAACACAGUUACGUUAUUAAUGAGGAUAAAUCAACACAGUUACAUUAUUAAUGUGGAUAAAUCAACACAGUUACGUUAUUAACAUGGAUAAAUCAACAAAGUUACAUUAUUAAUCUGGAUAAAUCAAUACAGUUACGUUAUUAAUGUGGAUAAAUCAACACAGUUACGUUAUUAAUGUGGAUAAAUCAACACAGUCACGUUAUUAAUAUGGAUAAAUCAACAAAGUUACAUUAUUAAUGAGGAUAAAUCAACACAGUUACAUUAUUAAUGUGGAUAAAUCAACACAGUUAUGUUAUUAAUGUGGAUAAAUCAACACGGUUACGUUAUUAAUGAGGAUAAAUCAACACAGUUACAUUAUUAAUGUGGAUAAAUCAACACGGUUACGUUAUUAAUGAGGAUAAAUCAACACAGUUACUUUAUUCAUGUGGAUAAAUUAACAAACUUUCACAUUAGUAGCAUAAUAAGGACCAUAUUAACAGAUAAACAUGUGUAUUCAUAUUAGUAACGUAACUGUGUUGAUUUAUCCACAUUAAUAAUGUAACUGUGUUGAUUUAUCCACAUUAAUAACAUAAUUGUGUUGAUUUAUCCACAUUAAUAACAUAAUUGUGUUGAUUUAUCCACAUUAAUAACGUAACUGUGUUGAUUUAUCCACAUUAAUAACGUGACUGUGUUGAUUUAUCCACAUUAAUAACGUACCUGUGUUGAUUUAUCCACAUUGAUAAUGUAACUGUGUUGCUUUAUCCACAUUAAUAACGUAAUUGUGUUGAUUUAUCCACAUUAAUAACGUACUUGUGUUGAUUUAUCCUAAUUAUUAACGUGACUAUGUUGAUUUAUCCACAUUAAUAACGUGACUGUGUUGAUUUAUCCACAUUAAUAACGUAAACGUGUUGAUUUAUCCACAUUAAUAACGUGACUGUGUUGAUUUAUCCACAUUAAUAACGUACUGUGUUGUUUUAUCCACAUUAAUAACGUGACUGUGUUGAUUUAUCCACAUUAAAAACGUGACUGUGUUGAUUUAUCCACAUUAAUAACGUAAUUGUGUUGAUUUAUCCACAUAAAUAAAUUAUAAUGCUAUGUCAUGUGAUAAAACUGUAAUACUGACGCAAUGAUGAUGUAUAACUAUGACAGACGCAUGAAUCAUUUGAAAACCCACAGACGAGAACUUGGAGAACGAUGAGGGUAAUUUAGAUGUAAUGCCCGACCCCUUCAGUAACACACCCUAAAUCCACCUGCUUAAUAUCAAACUAGCCCACUUUACUCUGCAGUCGUGCCUUGAAGUUGUUAGGAGGUGAAUAUAAACUAAAAUAACACCAUAUCCCUUGACUCAUUUUGUUGUGUGUAUCAUUGAGUGUUGUAGGACGUCUCAGCUGAGCGAUGUAGAUACGACACAUUCCUCUCCAACAAUGUGCCUGGUGUUUCAGUCAUACUGUUUGCCCUCCACUGUUAUCUAACUGGGGUUCAGCUGUGAAGCACAGUGGUGGUACGUCAUGUAAUCGUAUUUCACCGUACGAUAGGUGGCGUCUCGUUGUGAAAUACCUGAGCCAUUUAUCAUAACAUCUGCAGUCUGGUGUCUGAGGACUGUUCUGAAGAAAUACUGCUCCAUUACCUAGUGGGUCAGAACCUGCUGCCUGCCGUCCGCCCCGCCAACUCUGUUGAUGGGUUUCUCAGUGUGGCGGUGGGUUUUUACGACAAGCCAUAA